AACACGUGCUUCAAAUUCAACAUGGCGGACGACAGCAGUGAAGAAGAGGCCAGUCAAUCAACUUUAACUUUAGCUCUUGAUUCCAACAAGCAGAAAGAAUUUGAAGAUAAAGUUAAAAAGCUGAAAGCUCAGGUAUGUACAUUUUUUGUCUAGAAAGAUGGUAAGAAACCGGUUCAGUACUUAUAGUCCUUGUACCUUCGUUUAAUACUUCUGGCAAAUUUCAUAUGUAUUUGUGUUGUUUUUCCAGGCUGAAGACUUAACCCCCGGUGUAAUUUACCUCGGUCACAUUCCACAUGGGUUUUAUGAGAAUCAAAUUCGUGACUUUUUCUCACAGUUUGGCACUGUAAAUAAAGUCAGACUCUCAAGAUGUAAGAAGGUAAAUACUAACAAUGAUAAGAAAUAUUGCUAGAACAGUUUCUUCAAAGAAACUGUUUUUAUUUUUGGAAUUUACUGCAUCUUGUGUAAAUUUGAUUGAAUGACAGUUGUGCCCAUACUGUGCUGAUUAAUUAGAUCACCUGGAGCUCAAAAUGAAUGAAAAGAGAUUUCUCCGAAAAUCAGUAAAGAUGAAUUAACCAAGUACAGCAAGUUUUCACAAAUGUUUAUUAUAAUGCGACCACUCAAUAAACCUACAGGGGUAAAAAUCAACCUUUUUGAAUUGAUUCAACGUUUUAGUUUGUGGAAAGUCAGAAAGGGGCUGAGCUAGGUAAACAUAGCCUGCAUUGCAGCCGACCCACACAUUGUCUAAACCAUUUGUGUAGACCGUCUGCGAAUGAGUGAACCAAAGCGCGUUCUGAUAUCCAGCAUAGUCACAAGGAUAUAUUGAGCGUUUGUGAUAGGCGGGUUUCUUACGCACCUGACAAUUGGCCCAAUUGUUACGUUUGUGUGAUGGUUGGGUGCAGUGAGAUGUCAAAGUUCACAGUGUGAAGGGAGUUGGCAAGGAGCGUUUAUGGUAAACAAUGAAAGAGCGGUUCGAACGUGAAAGCCUUCUUCUGAACAAAAAAAAGAUUGCUUUGAGAAAUUCCUUCGAGGAAAAAUAUAAGCAUAAAUUUGCUGACUGGUUUUCCAGCAUCCUCCAAUCGCUGCAGCUGCAUAUUCUGCACUCUAGCCAACAGUUCUGGUGUCAAAACAAAUCAAGAAAUCAUGAUAUUCACAGACAAAAAAAAACUAAACUCGCGUCAGACACAUAGCUAUUCAGGUCCAGGCAUUUCGGAGAAAACCAAAGACACUAACCAGCUUCCUGGACUCAAAGCAGGAAAAAUGAUUUGCUCAUUCAAAGUUUAGAAUACUUCAUGCACUGCAUAAGCAAGAAAGACCUCUGUUGUUCAAGCUGUAAGGUCAUGUUUCAAACUAUCACAAGCUCGUUCUCUCUUGUCAGGAGCCAUGAGUCAUGUUUGGCCUGUGAACACUUUGCUUCAAAUCAGACUAAUCACAAACUGAGUAAGAAACUAGCCAAUCAAAAACGCCAACAUAUAUCCAAACACGAUUUUGUGCACAUAAUCUCCAUAAUGUAUAUAAUAAUUUCUAAAACUUUCAUUAAGAUUGAUUCACUGUAUCACCUUGAAAUUUCAAGACAAAUCUAUCCUACUUACCGGUCAAAAAUCUGCAUUACAACAUUCACUGUUUUGACGUUAUGCUAAUUUUCCAAAAAAUGCACACUAUACAUACCUCCAUGACUAGUACAUUUUAGUUUGAAUUUAUUGCAUCUUUUGAACGUAAAAUACUGACAAUACUCACACUGAAAUGUGCUAGUCAUCGAUAUAUGUAUUAGUCAUUUCUUGAUUUAGAAAGUACCGCAGUUGAUUAUUUUUGUUAGCUUUUCUGGUUGAAUUGUUUUGAGUUUUUACAUUGUUCUAACCCUCAGACUGCAAGAUCAAAAGGUUAUGCCUUUGUUGAAUUCGCUUGUGAUGAAGUGGCCAAAAUUGUAGCUGAAACUAUGCAUAACUACAUGAUGUUUGGAAAAUUAUUAAAAUGUGAGUAUAAAAAAGCAAAAGAUUUUAGUUAACGUAUAGAAUAACAAUGUUACUACAUGUAUCACUGUUCAAGGCUGUGCUCAAAAAAAUUGAAGGGAGCCCAGAUGCUCAUGAGUUAACUGUUUAGUCUGAAAGCACAACUACUGUCAAGAGUAAAAGCACAUUUCACUGAAGCCAUAUGCUACAAUCAUAUUUCCUUGUGGCUCAAAAAGUGUGCAAAAGAAAUUUGCAAAGCAUUCAUUUCUGUAAUAGCUUGCUGAUGUGGGCAAGAGGGUGUGAAAUGUUUGCGGACAUCUUGUCUCAGAUUUCCUAGUUAUUUAGUGAUAAGGUUGAUGCACUGUCAUAUACAGUAAAAACCUGUGACUAAACACCUCCAUUUUCCCAAGUUGAGUAUUUUAUCACUUCAGGACAUCUCAAAUAAAAACUAUAUAUACAUAAUUUAUAUUUAUAAUCAUGUAAUAAAAAUUUAGAGAUUUUAAGAUGGAAUCCACUAGAAAAUUGAGUAAUUUUAAUUUUUAGUGGACAAAAACCUUGUACCAGAAUAAUUUAAAGUACAUUGCAUUCUUUUUUAAAAUUCUGAAGGAUUAAAGAUGUAAUUAGUCAUCUGUAAUAACACCAAAGAAAAUGUCUGAUGGGUGCCCUAGAAAAUGAAUGUCAAAUUUCACAAAAUUACAUCUUACACAUGAAAUUUUUCAAAAUUUUGCCUGUGUUUUCACAAUUAUACCACUACAUGAGAAAUUUCUGCAAUUUGAUUGGCUUAGAGCAGUGGUAUUUCAGCUUAAUUUGAAAUACCUACAUGUGAAAAUUACAAACCUUUUGCAGGUAGUGGUAUAAACAAAUAAUAGCAUGACUUGUACGUGAUAUUUGGCGUAAAUAGCACUUGUGAUAUUUCAAAAUUGUCUCAAAUUUUAGUCGCCAAACGGCUCGUGAAAUUACGUAUAACAAUAAUUUUGAAAUAUCACUACAAAUCAUGCUAUUACCUAUACUUAUUGUAAAAUUUAAUGUUCAUUUUUGUGGACUCCCAUGAGAAAUUUUCUUUGGUGUUAUUACAGAUGACUAAUAAGAUCUUUAGCCCUUGAAAAAUGUAAAAAAUAAUGCAAUAUUCUUUAAAUUAUUCUGGUACAAGGUUUGUGUCCACUGAAAAUUAAUAUUACUCAAUUUCCUGGUGGAUUCUGUCUUAAUAUUGUAAAAGGCCAAGACUAAUGGCUGAAUCGCUGUUUAAAACUUCUUCAGUUACUUGCUCGUGAUUAGCUUUGAAAUUCUGGUUCCCAGCUCUCAAUAAAUAUUUCUAGGUGGCUUGGCAACCAGCUGGUCACAAUUUUGGACCCUUUACAUAACAAAAUAGUAGGGAGAGUAAGGCAGUAAUCCAUGUGUCUCAAUUUUUGCUGAAUUGCUUUGAAAUAGUUUCUUAUAAGUUUUCCUUUUACAAUAUUCUAUUGAUACUUCCACACACUAAUUUUGCUGAAAAAUUACUGACUUUCGACUGUGGCUUAAACGUUUUCAAGAAAUGUUGUUUUUUUCUUUCUCAGGCAAAGUUAUUCCCAAUGAAAAAGUUCAUCCAAGACUUUGGAAAGGAUCAGACAGAAAGUUCCGUUACAUAAAUUGGAAGAACGCUGAAAAAAAGAAACAGAACAAGGUGAUCAUUGGUAGCCCCUGAAAACAGCCAACAUUUUGCAAUGCCCCACUGGUUUCCCCACAAAAUGACCCCUGACGAACGAGCACAGAAAUUUCAUACCGAUGACAUGUCUCUAUCCAGAUCUGGGCAGUGGUUCUGAUUGGUCAUGCUGCAUGGGAAAUUUGCUUCAACCAAUCAAAGGAACUACCCAGAUCUGGGUAGUAAUUUAUCGUCAGUAUUGUAGAGAAACUGUAUUUUUGUGCUUGUUACUCAGACGUCAUAUCCAGGGGAAACCAAUGGUGGCGUUACAAAAUGUUGGCCGUCUUCUCAGUCUAGAUUAUUGAUAGAUUGUAAAUGCACGCUUUGAGCUUGAAAAGGUACCUCUUUCAGUCCAGGCUUUCCUGUAUGGACCACUAUAGACCCUGGGUGGAAGCUGGGUAUAAACUAUUCUCUAACAACUCCCCAAGCUGAACUUGACAACCAAGCUGAAUGUAACUCAUGGCAGUUAAAUUAAUAUUUGUAAGUUAUAUACUGUCAGCUUUCUCUGAAUGGAAACCUGCCAUAGACACCUACAUUGUAGCACUGGUCCCUGCUUUUUUUCAACAUAGCCUGCGUGGCAGGCGCAGAAAGGGGACGGGGAGGGGGGAGGGAGAAAGGGAAAAGGGAAGGGAGCGCCUGCUCUAAGAGCCUAUGUUUUUGCAUAACGCCUACCAAUUUUCUAGUAAUCCGAUUACGCUUACUGUCAAUCAAGUGUCGCUACACUCGCCAUUGCAGAAAAACAUUACACCCAUGGACUAAAGAAAUUUGCUUAGUUAUUCAGAUCCAGAAGGCACUUUGGAGAAAAUUGGAACCCUUAUUCAGCCGUAAUAAAAAAAGCUUUACGCUUCAAAAGAGGUCAAAGAAAUUGCGCUUGCAUCAGAGGGCAAAUCCUACCGACCAGAAAACAAUAUUAUAACUACAGUCAAUCGAUAUGUAUGUCAUGACCUCUCAGUGUGAAAUAUGCGGCUAAAAUAACAUUUGCUCAGUAUAAAUGCAGAACCUUCCAGAGCAUAUUCUACCCAGCAGAUGAAAACAACUUUAUUGGAAUAAGCAGCAUUUUGGCAUGAGGUAAAACCACCCUCUUUUAUUGCUAAAUUACAUCGGCGAAUGUCAUCGUUCGAUAAAUUGGCUAAAUCUUUCGCUGGGUAGCCCAACAAUUCCAUCUCCUGCAACUGCUCUUCGAUAAUACUUUUCAGUAGCGAAAUGACGAGAAUCGUCGCAUUACCAUUUAGCUCGAAGUUCUUCGCGCGUACAAGCAUUUGGUAAAUUAAACUCUUGCCGUAUACCGGUCCGCAAAACCGCCCAAACAUCUCUGUCGGCUAAAAGAGCCCUUACUGCUGAUUCUUGCUCUGGUUUUAAAACAGUUUCUCUACCACUAGAUAAAUCCACAUCUCUCAAAGCACUCUCUACGACAUCCACGUCUACCGCUGCCAUCUCGACUGUUUGUUGAUUUGUGAAACGCGCAUUUCAAUAUGUUACUCAUUAUGGCUCAGCCAAUCAGGAAUUUGCGGAUGCCAGCGUCCGCAGAUAUGAACAAAAGGGGGUUCUUAGAGCAGGCGUCCCCUCCCUCUCUCCCCAAUCCCCCUCCCCUUUUUCCCUUCCUCCCUAUCCCCUACCCCCUACCCCUUUCAACGCCCCUUUCAACAUUUAUUCUCAAGACAAGGUUGUAUGUAGCAGUGAGAAAAUGAGAAUUGCUUUAUAAGGAGGCAGUGUGGCUGAGUGGUCAACAUGUCGGACUCACAAUCUGGUAGUCCAGGUUUGACUCCAGCUCUGGUGACUUGCUGGAUUUUUUUCUCGGUCAUCCUGAGUUCAAAUCCUCUGCCAUGCUUUUAAAUGGGGGGUAAAUAGCCUGCCUCCUGCCAGUUGGUUAAUUUUAGUCCUGUUAUGUUGUAUUUGAAUUGUUCAUUUCUAAGGAUUUGGGUGGACUGCCUGUGAACUAGGUGAGGUGGAUAAGCUAAGUGUUCUUUCCACUGUAAACCCAAGCCUUUUAACCUUUUUAAAACCUUUUAUGUCACUUGGUGUUAGUGCCCAGUUUCUAUCUUAGAGAUCAAGAGUAGUUAACUUUGGAAAGGGGCUUACAUCAAGGUAUUCACAAAGAUUCUAUAAUUUUUAUGCACACCUUUCAGGAAAAGACUGACAAAGAACAUGGCAAGCAAGUGAAGAAUAUUCUCAAGAAAGAAAAUAAGAAAAGGAAAAAGAUGAAAGAGCUAGGAAUUGAAUAUGAAUUUCCAGGAUAUGUAAGUCAUUGUUGUGUUGAUUACCAUGCAAUUUAACAAAGUUAUUAGCAAUGAGAAGCUGGUUUGUUAACAGUGAUCAUCAGUAGCUGAAUAUUGGUGCAUGUUCGGAGCACUUGAUGCUCAUAUAGCCUUACAAAACAUAUUCCAGCAUGUUGAAGGAUGUCAGAUUUUCUGUGGAGUGUUCAUCCAAUUAUCAUUUCAUUUUUAUGUCCCUUCCCAAUCCCUUUCCUAUGUUAAAUCGGGGGUUGAAAAAAAUUAUCUUGAAUUUUAGCUUGUCCUUUGGGUAAACACACAUUUGCUUGUUCCGGGUCUUGCUUGGCUUAGGUAAUGAUUUUGUUACAGGAUGACUUGUCGCACCCUUACCCAUUGGACAAGUAAGCUUUAAAAGUUACUUGCCCAGCAAGAAAAUGGCGUUCAAUUUAGGUUUCUGGGAAACUGCCCACCUACCACUCCCCUAACCCAACAUUUUUCCGAGAAUGUAUUGUCCCGGACUUCUGGACAGGAAUUUUUUCAAAGCUUGUAAGUGAGUUUGACUGGUGCAUGCCAAUGUGGGGGCUCAUGGUUGGGUUGGAGUUUUUGGUCAUGGAAGUUGUCACUGUGUAAGGUUGCCUGAUCCCAGUGGCUCUUUGGCAUUUCCAGGUACUAAUCUUUCAUACACUUACAGUGUGAUGCAUGAAUUGAUUUAUUUCAUAUAUUUCAAUAAACAUAACUCUAUAAACAGUCCACAAAACCAGAUUUCGGAGAGCUGAAUAGCCCGAAUAGUGUCCAUUGUUCUGUUUUAACCAAUUGAAAACUUCUUUCUCAUUACCUUUGCCCUUUUUAUACAGGCCUCUGAGAUGAAAGCAAAACGUCCAAAACACACAAGAUUUGACAGACAGGAAAAGAAAGAGUAGUGAACAAGCCAAUGUUUCUUAUCUAUAAAGAAAAGGAGUCCAGCUAGUACAACAAAUACAGCAACCUGUCUGAGAUUUGGUCAGCUUUCAAAGAAACAAAGUGGAAGUUUGUCUCUAUUUUAACAAACGGUUUUGCCAAUACCUCUCCAAUGUUAUAAGUUUUGAAAAAUUGUCGUGCUCUAUAACUGAAUCAAAAAGAGAGCAUUAAUUAUUUUAGUUGUCUGAGGAUGUUUUAUGGGGUUCUCGAAUAGGACCUCUGGAUCCUUUAAGAGAUGAAUGCCUGCAUAUGUGAGUACGAUUGCCGUGCCUGAACUUCGGUAAAAUCUCGCUUCAGAAUCUAAAGGUCUCUUAUCUCAAUAAUAAAGAGCGAAGUCCUUGUUAAAAACGACAGUUUAACACAAUUAUACUACGGCCAAGGUGUGAUACUACUGAUUAUAUGUUUAUUUGCGAUAAAGCGAAUUUUUUUUUAUAUGGUAAAAUACUUUAUACAACAAACUGUUCACUUCACAGUCCCCUUUUUUUCCGUAAGAUCGUCGGCCAUCUUAGGAAAAAUAAGAGACUGUGAAUAGUCUAUUGUACAGUUGUGUACACUUCUCAUUUGUUGGCUGUUUCUUUUUAUUGCCUACUCGCUAAACAAGAGAACAUGUGAAUGCUGACAGGGCUUAAACCCAAGACAACUCUGAUUAUACCCUGCGAGCAGAGGCUACAUUUUUGCUGUGUGAGCUGUCGUGCGAAAAGUGGUCUCUGUUUACGGAGAGGUGCUAUAAUCGUAGCCUGUGAACAGAACUUGCUUCUUUUCGCCCAUUUGUUCACCGGUCUUUUCAAACCGCAGAGCCACGGAAAGACUUAUGGUAUUUAAAUUUACUGGAUUCUCAUGUGAUUCAAGUCGUGCGCUAGCAUGAGUAGCAAUUCAUAGCAAUGAUGCGUAAAACAAAAUUAAGUAUAUCAAUUUUUAAAAUGGGAAAUGUGCUAAAAGAAGAUCAUCGUGUCACGAGUUUGGGGACAAAAAUUAACAUGAAGUCUUAAUUUUUAAUAUAGUUUUAAAAGCGAUGAUAGGCUUAGCGGAG